AUGCAUAUUCUCGUAGUGAACGAUGACGGACCACCUUCCCAGCAAUCCUCUCCCUACGUCCACUCACUUGUCAAAGCCCUUCAAUCCGCCGGCCAUGUCGUCUCCGUAGUGCUCCCGCACACCCAACGCUCGUGGAUAGGCAAAGCGCAUAUGGUAGGCCAGACUGUCAAGCCAACAUAUUUCAGACCAGGAACCCUACACAAGGACGACGGAACCACGCAUUCUCGACCCCUUCCCGCCGGAUCCACCGAAUCUGAAGAAUGGGUGCUGGUAGACGGCACACCGGCUAGCUGCGUGCAAAUUGGAUUAUACCAUUAUUUUCAAAAUAGAGGGCCAAUCGAUCUCGUCGUUUCGGGACCCAAUUAUGGCAGGAAUAGCACGGCUGUGUUUAGUUUGAGCAGUGGAACUCUAGGUGGUGCGUUAGAGGCUGCUGUUUGCAAGAGGAAGGCGAUAGCUCUGAGCUAUGCAUUUUUCAGCAUGGAAAGUCCUUCGAAACCAGAUUCGGCACAUGAUCCUGAGAUUAUUGCUGCGGCGACAAGAUUAUCUACAAAGUUAAUACAGUAUUUAUACGAUAAUUGGGGCCAAGAUGUUGAUGUUUAUUCGAUUAAUGUACCUCUAGUAGAGGGAGUGGAGAGUAGAAAGGUCAUGUGGACAAAUAUGCUGCAGAAUUACUGGGGCCAGGGCAGUUGCUUCAAAGAGACUGAGGAUGAUGAGGGCAAUGCUGAUGAAGAGGAGCAGAGGAUUAGAGAGGGCGAAGAGGGGAAGCCAGAGGAGGAGAAUUCGGUCACGAGACAUACACAUAAACACUUCAAAUGGAACCCGAGGUUCACGGAUGUGUACAAGUCUGUGGAGGAGGCUCCCCCAGGUAAUGAUGGUUGGGCUAUUAGGGAGAAGUUUUCGAGUGUAACACCUUUAAAGGCAAAUUUCAUGGGAGCGAACGCACAGUCAUCGGGAGAGUUGAAGUUACGAGCACAGGAACUUGCCAUGGAGAAAUUAUCUCUUGAGCCAUCGAAACCAGGUCAUUUGUACGCUUUAAUCAACUACGAAGACAAAUACGUUCAGCCUCUGAUUCUGGCGGCACUCAAGUCUAAAUUGCCAGAAGGAUCAUAUACACUCAUCGACGAUAUAUCCCAAUUACCCUCCCCGGAUACAGCUAUCCUCCAGAUAUCCUCUUACGAGUCCCUUCCUUUCGAACACGCCUUAUCAUACCCAAAAACAAGUCUCAUAAAUGCAUAUAUCAUCCGGAAAGCUCUCAUACGAAAACAUUAUCUUUCCACCACUCGCCACAAUUGGAUAGCGAAACAUCCAGAGUCCAUCCUCGCUACGAAUCUCAAGCCAUCUUGCGACUUCGAGCUCGACUACGCUGAAUUCUUGGACGACGCAUUGGUCGAAGCAUGGGAAUUGAAAGAAAGCUUCGAGAAGAAUGAGGGCAAAGAGGCAAGUGAGAGAGAAUGGUGGAUUUUAAAACCAGGAAUGUCAGAUCGAGGACAAGGCAUCCGUCUUUUCAGCACAGAGGAAGAACUCCAAUCUAUCUUUGAAGAAUGGGAAGCCGAUCAACCUGAUUCCGACGAGGAAGACGAAACCCCAAAUACAUCAACCAAAGAAGAUGAAAAAGACGACUACAUAGUAACCUCCCACCUCCGCCACUUCAUCGCCCAACCUUACAUCCAUCCUCCCCUCCUCCUCCCAGGUCCCACGGGCGAACCCACAAAAUUCCACAUCAGGACUUACGUCCUCGCCGCCGGCUCCCUAAAAAUCUACGUCUAUAAACCAAUGCUCGCACUUUUCGCCUCCACAGCCUACGUCCCACCAUGGGAAUCCCAAGAUCUAGCACCUCAUCUCACAAACACCUGCCUCCAAACCUCCUCCUCCUCUCAAACCCUAGACUAUAACCCAGUAUCAGCAUUCUGGUCCCUCCCUCUCCCCACCGAAAUCAAAGAAGAGAUAUUCAGACAGAUAUGCGGCACUACGGCAGAGGUUUUCGAAGCUGCGGCAAGGGGCAUGAUGGUACAUUUCCAGACUCUGCCUAACGCGUUUGAGGUUUUUGGAGUGGAUUUUCUGGUUGAUGAGGUGGGACGGGCUUGGUUGUUGGAGGUUAAUGCGUUUCCUGAUUUUGGACAGACGGGUGGGGAACUUAGGGGGAUUGUGGGGGGGUUGUGGGAGGGUGUGGUUGAGGAGGUGGUGGGGGGUUUCUUUGGGAUGGAGAGAAAGGGGGAGGGAGAUGGGGAGGGGUUGGUGCUUGUUGGGGAUGUGGAGUUGGGGAGGAAGUAA